AGAUCUUAGGGGUUUUGUAGAAAAAGUUGCUGAUAGGGUUGGGAAACCAUACUCAGAAUUUAUUGAUAUAGGACUUUAUAAGUCUUGCUUCAGUCUUCGGCUUCUUGGAUCAGCUAAAGAAGAUAGA